AUGGCACACCAUAGAGGCCAGCAAGAGUCGCGCGCCAUCAUGCGGUACAUAGCGGAGAAGUACGCGGAGGGGCGCCCGAACCUGGUGGGGGCGGACGUGUGGGAGCGCGCGGAGGUGAGCCAGUGGACGGACGUGGAGGCGCACAGCGUGACGGAGCAGGUGGCCGUGGUGGUGGAGGAGAACUUCCUCAAACGGCUCAUGGGCAAGGGCGAGCCCGACAAGGCGCGCGCUGAUGCAGCCAUUGAGAAGCUGGGGCGGCUGUUUGACAUCUACGAGAAGCACCUGGAGGGGCGCCAGUACCUGGUGGGUGGGCGCUGCACGCUAGCGGACCUCACGCACCUGCCGUACACCGAGAUCCUCUUCCAUGCCGGCGCCGGUGAUCUCAUCACGUCGCGCCCCAACGUGGCGCAGUGGUGGGAGCGCAUCUCGUCCCGCCCCGCGUGGAAGAAGGUGCAGCAGCUCGAGCCCAUCCCCGCCUGA